AUGCUGUCGCUUAAUUUGACAGCUGUGCACACGAUGGCAGAGCUCGGGAGUUUUCUGGGGACAGUUGACUUGGAUUUACAAAGCUUUCCGGCACUCGGGAAUAUGCCUUUACCGGAGCCUCCAGUGGGUUUGAAUGAACGGCUGGGCCAGAUUGAAGGGAGGCUGCAGCAGGGGUCGCCGACGGAUUUCGGGCACCUCAAAGGGAUCCUGAGGCGACGGCAGCUCUACUGCAGGACCGGCUUUCAGCUGGAGAUAUACCCCAAUGGGACCGUGCACGGGACAAGACAGGACCACAGCAGAUUUGGCAUCCUGGAGUUCAUCAGUCUGGCUGUGAGUCUGGUCAGCAUCAGAGGGGUGGACGUUGGACUUUACCUCGGCAUGAAUGAGAAAGGAGAGCUCUUUGGGUCGAAGAAGCUGACAGCAGAAUGCGUGUUCAGGGAGCAGUUUGAGGAGAACUGGUACAACACCUAUGCUUCAACUCUGUACAAGCACACAGACACGGGACGCUUAUACUACGUGGCCCUGAACAAAGACGGCUCGCCCAGGGAGGGCAACAGGACUAAAAAACACCAGAAACUCACCCACUUCUUACCCAGGCCGGUGGAGAUUGAAAAGAUCCCUCAGGCAUACAGGGACCUGUUCCAGGACAGGUGACCAGUGCUUACGGUUGGAGAACCGGUUACAUUCAGAGGAACAGAAAUGUAUAAAAAAAGAGAAGAGGGAGAUAGGGUUGUUGUGGAUAUUUUGGACGUGGUACAGAACU